AUGGACUCAAUCUCGAAGGACUUCGGCUACUGGGUGAAGAAAAUCUGUAUUCAGGGCUUGACUGGCGACGGGAAAGAAGAAUUUUACAUAUCGGAAGAUGACCUAAGAGGCUACUGGAACGAAAAUCUGAUUAGCGACGUCUUAUGGCAAGCCGGCGUACAUCGUCAAACCCUACCUCCGCCGAGAUCUAUUAUUAAAAGUUAUAUUCGCAUCUUUUCGAUUCUUGUAUACAUCGCAACGCCCAACCUACCAAGCCUAGCCUACCUUAGCGAGCUCAAUGAAAAAGGUUCUGACGACCAUAUCCUACCGUUUAUGGAAGGUUGUUUUCCUGGCACAUUGGAAGGGAAGGAAGUCGAAGCGAGAUUUCUGCAGUCCCAGUUUUUGUUCAGUCCAGUCGUAUUUGGAUCAGGAUUGCAUGGAAGAGAUCUUCACAGUCGCUGCGUUCUACCGUUGACCUUUGAACGUCAACUUUCCGGUCAUUUUGGCAGCCCUGCUAACACAGUUACUACUAAAUUAUAUAAAUUGCACAAAGCCUCGAAGCUUCAAACAAAAGAUGACCUCGUCGUCAUCAAAGAGUAUCCGAAAAGUGAAAUUGGGCACAGCUUCAAGAACGAACUGAAAGCGUAUUUAUCAUUUCAGUACCCUGGCAACGAAGAUUAUGUAUCCAAAUAUUUUCUCAAAUAUCAUGGGUCGUUCAAGCAGAAAGACAAAGCGUUCAUAAUCCUUGAAUUUGCCGAUGAGGGAAGCUUGCUUGAACUUUACAAGAGUAACAGAGUGCCGCGCACACGUGAGGAGCUUCUUGGGUUGUUCGAAAACCUCUCUGGGCUGCUUAGGGGCCUGAGACUAUUGCAUGCGCAAGAUCUCCGAAGAACCAACAGGCAGUUACGAGGAGUACAUCAAGAUUUAAAGCCAGCAAAUAUCUUUGUCUUUCGGAACGAAGAAGGGGGCACAUACAAGUAUAGUUUCAAAAUUGGCGAUUUCGGGUUGACCAGUUUUACUUCGGAUGAGGCAUAUCAUAUCAAAAAAACCCGUGAUAAUAAAGGCGGUAUCAUGUAUAACGCUCCGGAAAUGACCAACUACGAUGAUUUCUCCCGAUCCCUCGACGAAGGUAUCAGCCAUCUCGUUGAUAUAUGGUCAUUCGGUUGUGUACUCUUUGAAGCAGCUGUCUGGGCGAUAUCCGAUGAGAGAGGACGAGAGGAAUUCAGAUCAUUGCGGUGCGAAGAAAAUGACCCAAAUACUCUUCUUCGCAAUCAAGGGUAUGGGGCAUCGUUUCAUAAUGGCGAUAGAAGACUCGAUGCGGUAGACAAGACGCUGGACCGCGUACUCGAACAACGGCGCUUUUUUGAUGAUAUAACAGAAGGUUUCUGCGAAAUCGUGUUGAAACAUGCGAUGGUGCCGGUACGAAAACCGCGCUAUGAUGCUAAAGAACUGGGGGCCGCUAUCAGGCAAUAUUUCGAAGAAAAGGCUAAAACACCGCAGACACCAUGGCAGGUGCCAUCUCCAACUGGUAGAACCUCUAUAACGGAACUUGACCAGAGGGCAAACCCUCGAGGUCAACAUCGGGAGGAAAUCAAUCAGGCCAGAGGAGAUUCAACCGUCAUGAUUCGGUCAAUGGAGCUCGCGAUUCGGACAGUCCACAUUCCUUACCUGAAGAAACAAGUUUGGAUCCUCGACGAGAAUCUGAGCUGCAUCCAUUAUUAA